AUGAGCAAUAUCCACGACGUCGACCUCCUUGAUCCGUACCGCUACCUCAAAUCUGACGACUCGCAUUCCCGCUACCCAUCUUACCAACACGGCCAAUCUUCGAACGACCGUCUUCCGGAGAGCACCAUCCGUCGUACACACACCGGAAGCUCGGCUCACACCCUUGCGAGUUCUCAGUCGUAUGGCUCCCCACCCGAAGUGAGAUGUUCGUCGUUGACAUUGGUCUCGCCGGCACCACGUGCGGCCCGCGGCCCGCACCUUCCUCCAGUUAAGCGCCCGACCCAGUACGGAGGAAUCAGCCAUCCAGCAAAUCCUUCUUGGGAGUCGUUCCAAUGCAAGGUCCUUCCUGAAGUCCCGCGAACCAAAUCUCUCUUCGGAAGGCUUUUCUCAGGUUUGAAGAAGAUCCCGAAGAGCCUCCUCGGUGUUCGGUGCCAAGGAAAGAGGGGGAAGGCGUACAAGACCCCGGUCGCUUUGACCCCACACCCACCGCAUCAGCCCAUGUUACCUUCGUUGUACUACCAGUCAAGCAUUACUCGUCGACCUCUUCCUUUCCCGCCCCCACCCCAUCCUUCCGCACAUGGAGAUCCAGAGAAGGCACCUCUCGACGCUGCUCUCGUGUGCGGGAUCAGAGACGAUCCUGAUUUUGCGUUGGUGCAGCAAGUAGGGAUGGCUGCCCGGCAAAAGCGGGCUAGAGCGACCUCUGGCAGGCCUAUCCAGGCAGACAGUGCAGGAGAGGAAGAAAGGGCAAGGCAGGCCAACUUACAUGCCGAAGAUCUUCAAGAGCAAGUUGCCGUCGCGUAG